GGCGGGAGUGGAGUCAGCGCGACCUGCCGCUGUACUCUAUCUCCCGGCGGGCCGAGCGCUGAAGGCGGCGGCGCGGCGCCUUUGUGGAAGCAGCGGCCGGCGCGGAGGAAGUUCCGGUCUCCGCGACGCUGGGUCGGUGGCGGCGGCUGAGGAUUAGGAGGAGCGGGCCGCGGAGGCCGCGCUGCCUCGGUACUACUAUAACAGAGUUUGAUAGCAAAAGGAUCUACUUACUGGGCUCUCUUAACAUAGAAAGAGAUGUGGGGGGAUUCUCGAUCUGCUAACAGAACAGGACCUUUUCGUGGGAGCCAAGAAGAAAGGUUUGCUCCCGGGUGGAACAGGGAUUAUCCUCCUCCUCCCCUUAAGAGUCAUGCUCAAGAGAGACACUCUGGCAACUUUCCUGGCAGAGAUUCACUUCCCUUUGAUUUCCAGGGGCAUUCGGGGCCUCCCUUUGCAAAUGUAGAGGAGCAUUCUUUCAGCUAUGGAGCUAGAGACGGACCGCAUGGUGACUAUCGAGGAGGGGAGGGACCUGGACAUGAUUUCAGGGGGGGAGAUUUUUCAUCUUCUGAUUUCCAGAGCAGAGAGUCAUCACAGUUGGACUUCAGGGGUAGGGACAUACAUUCUGGGGAUUUUCGGGAUAGAGAAGGACCACCUAUGGACUAUAGGGGUGGAGAUGGUACUUCUAUGGAUUAUAGAGGUAGGGAGACAUCUCACAUGAACUACAGAGACAGGGAAGUUCACACCGUUGAUUUCAGAGGUAGGGAUGCUCCUUCAUCUGACUUCAGGGGCCGGGGCACUUAUGAUUUAGAUUUUAGAGGCCGGGAUGGAUCCCACACAGAUUUUAGGGGAAGAGAUUUAUCAGAUUUGGAUUUCAGGGCCAGAGAUCAGUCCCGUUCUGACUUUAGGAAUAGAGAUGUGUCUGAUUUGGACUUCAGGGACAAAGAUGGAACACAGGUGGACUUUAGAGGCCGAGGUUCAGGUACUAGUGAUCUAGACUUUAGGGACAGGGAUACGCCACAUUCAGAUUUCAGAGGUAGACAUCGGUCCAGGACUGAUCAGGAUUUUAGGAGCAGGGAGGUGGGACCUUGUAUGGAGUUUAAAGAUAGGGAGAUGCCCUCUGUGGAUCCAAAUAUUUUGGAUUACAUACAACCCUCUACACAAGAUAGAGAACAUUCUGGAAUGAACGUGAACAAGAGAGAAGAAUCCACACAUGACCAUACAACAGAAAGGCCUGCUUUUGGCAUUCAGAAGGGAGAAUUUGAACAUUCAGAAACAAGAGAAGGAGAAAAACAAGAUGUAGCCUUUGAACAUGAGUCUGCAUCGGACUUUCAAAACAGCCAAAGUCCACUUCAAGACCAAGACAAGUCACAGCUUUCUGGAGGUGAACAACAGAGUUCAGAUGCUGGUGUGUUUAAAGAAGAAGGUGGUCUGGACUUUCUUGGCCGGGAAGACACUGAUUACAGAAGCAUGGAGUACCGUGAUGUGGAUCACAGGCUGCCGGGAAGCCAGAUAUUUGGUUAUGGCCAGAGCAAGUCUUUUCCAGAGGGCAAAACUUCCCGAGACACCCAGCGGGACCUUCAGGAUCAAGAUUAUAGGACUGGUCCAAAUGAGGAAAAACCAAGCAAGCUUAUUCGAUUAAGUGGGGUGCCUGAAAAUGCCACAAAAGAAGAGAUUCUUAAUGCCUUUCGGACUCCUGAUGGCAUACCUGUAAAGGACUUGGAGUUGAAGGAGUAUAACACAGGUUACGACUAUGGCUAUGUCUGCGUGGAGUUUUCACUCUUGGAAGAUGCCAUCGGAUGCAUGGAGGCCAACCAGGGAACUCUAAUGAUCCAUGACAAAGAGGUCACCCUUGAGUAUAUACCAGGCCCAGAUUUUUGGUACUGCAAACGGUGUAAGGUCAGCGUAGCUGGACACCGAUCUUCAUGUUCACUCUGCAAGUGCCCAAGGGAAGUGACAGAGGCCAAGCAAGAAUUAAUAACCUAUCCUCAGCCUCAGAAAACAUCCAUACCAGCACCAUCAGAAAAACAACCCAACCAGUCCCCAAGGUCAGCUGAUAAGGAACCUGAACCCAAGAAGCGGGAAGAAGGACAAGAACCACGCUUGGGACAUCAAAAGAGAGAAGGAGAAAGGUAUCUGCCUCCUCGAAGGGAAGGGCUCACCUUCCGAAGAGACCGAGAAAAGGAGCCGUGGUCUGGGGAGACACGCCAGGAUGGGGAGAGCAAAACAAUUAUGCUAAAGCGCAUCUAUCGUUCCACUCCACCUGAGGUCAUAGUGGAAGUGCUGGAACCCUACGUCCGCCUUACUACUGCCAAUGUCCGUAUCAUCAAGAACAGAACUGGCCCCAUGGGCCACACUUACGGCUUUAUUGACCUGGACUCCCAUGCAGAAGCUCUUCGUGUAGUGAAGAUCUUGCAGAACCUUGAUCCACCAUUUAGUAUUGAUGGGAAGAUGGUAGCUGUAAACUUGGCCACUGGAAAACGAAGAAAUGAUUCUGGGGACCAUUCUGAGCACAUGCACUACUAUCAGGGUAAAAAGUAUUUCCGAGAUAGGAGAGGAGGAGGCAGAAAUUCAGACUGGGCUUCAGAUACAAAUCGACAAGGACAACAGUCAUCAUCUGACUGCUACAUAUAUGAUUCCGCUACUGGCUACUAUUAUGACCCUUUGGCAGGAACUUAUUAUGACCCCAACACCCAGCAAGAAGUCUAUGUGCCCCAGGACCCUGGGUCACCUGAAGAAGAAGAGAUCAAGGAAAAGAAGUCCACCAGUCAAGGAAAGUCAAGUAGCAAGAAGGAAGCAUCUAAAAGAGAUGGCAAGGAGAAAAAAGACCGAGGAGUAACAAGGUUUCAGGAAAAUGCCAGUGAGGGGACAGCCCCCCCAGAAGACGUCUUUAAGAAGCCCCUGCCUCCCACUGUGAAGAAGGAAGAAAGUCCUCCACCACCUAAGGUGGUAAACCCACUCAUCGGCCUCCUGGGCGAAUAUGGAGGAGACAGUGACUAUGAGGAGGAAGAAGAGGAGGAACAGGCCCCUCCUCCACAGCCCCGAACAGCGCAGCCCUCACAGAGGGAGGAGCUGACCAAGAAGGAGAACGAAGAAGAUAAACUCACUGACUGGAAUAAACUGGCUUGUCUGCUCUGCAGAAGGCAGUUUCCCAACAAAGAAGUUCUGAUCAAACACCAGCAGCUCUCAGACCUGCACAAGCAAAACCUGGAAAUCCAUAGGAAGAUAAAACAGUCUGAGCAGGAGCUAGCCUAUCUGGAAAGGAGAGAACAGGAGGGAAGGUUUAAAGAAAGAGGAAGUGAUCGCAGGGAAAAGCUCCAAUCUUUUGACUCUCCAGAAAGGAAACGAAUUAAAUACUCCAGGGAAACUGACAGACUGAAGGCCGGAUGAGGGGGCCCAGUGUGGGGGCUCCGGGAAGAACCAGCAAGAGACAGUCCAACGAGACUUACCGAGAUGCUGUGCGAAGAGUCAUGUUUGCUCGGUAUAAAGAACUAGAUUAAAGAAUGGAGACAAGUCCCAUAGGACACAACCUCCUUCUUGUUUUGUUUGUCCGUCUCUCCUUUUGUUUUGUUACUGUUCUUGCUGCUAGAACUUUUUUAAAUAAACUUUUUUUCAAUGUGAUUUUUUUUUUUUUUUUUUUGGUGGUUAUAUUUUUCUCCCAUAGAUGGGUGGGGGUGGGGCUUAUGGUAGGAGGGAGAGAGUGCCUUGGUGCAGCCCAUUUGAGGUGCACUGAAGUGGCAGCAAGUGCUACCAUGAGCCCUGAGACACCACCUGCUCUCAGUGUGAGUGGAUGUGUUGCGGUGACCUUUGAACUCUAGUUUGUGUGAGUACUGUCAGAUUUUUAAAAUUAUUUUCCUAAUCUAAUUAAUGAAAACCGCAUCUCGUUAUUGCUUGCUUCUAUUUCUUUGGUAACUACUGAGACUGAACAUAUUUCCGUAUGUUGGUUUACUGCUGAUUAGACCUUUGAAAGUCAUCUGACUUCCCCAUUGUUGGCAGGGGUUCGGGGGAGAAGCAGUGUGGUAGCUCUUUUUCUGGGUGCCUGCUGGGCGCUCAAUGCGUCACAUGUUAUGAUCACCACAAUGAGUUGGCAUAGUAAGAAUUAUCACUCCCCUCCAGCUGCUACCCCAGGUUUUCCUUCCCUCCUUGGCUAAAAUUCUCCGAAGAGGUGUCUUUGGACACCCUCUUUCAAAUCUUUCUUAAUUUUCUACCAUAUCACUCAUACCAUUUCACAGGAUUUGCUUCAAAAGAGAGGGUUGUUUUAAAUUUUUUUUUAAUUCUUUACAGUUAAUGGGGCGCCUGGGUGGCUCAGUCAUUAAGCGUCUGCCU